AUGUUCUGGCUAUCUCAUAGUCUUAAGCACUCUAUCAACCCAACUACGGCAAAGAUAUGGAUUCGAUUCGUUGACGAUUGGACUAUGUUCCACUACCUCUUAGGCGCAGGCGCUCCCGCCGUCGCAAAUCUUCUCGCUGAUCGCAUCGGCAUAGGUUGGACAGACACGCUCGUCGCCUUCCUCUGGAUUCCGUUUAGUCCUCUGCUCUGUGCCGUGAUGAGAUUUGGGCCCAAAUGGAGAGCUAAAGCGCAUGACAAGGCAAAUGGGAAAGCAGAAAGAAAGAUGGAGAAAAAGGCUGCGGUGGAUAUUGAAGUUGGUAUGAGGAAAGAAACUGGUCUCCCACAAGAGAAUGACGAAAUAUAUUAGUCUUUCUAGCCUGCUGCUCAUAUAGGGAUAGAUAGGGC